AGAAGCAAAAAAACAAAACAAAUAAACUUCAUUUAAACCACAAAAACAAACAAAAGAAAUGAACGAAAGUCAAAAACAUACACUUAACGAAAAUUAAGAAACAAUCACACGAGUAAAUCACAAAAGCAAAUUUCAUCGAGUUGGCAUGCAUUAAUUUUUAAACUUUAAAAACAACAACAGCAACACGUAAAAUACAACUUUAAUUUUAAGCCAAUAAUAAACGUGAGAACGAGGAAAUAAAAACGAAACGAAAAAAAAACGAUUUAAUAAGCGCAAACGUAAAAUUAAAACAAAGUCGAAAAUGUAAGGAAAAAAUACAGCAAUUAAUUUAAAUUUAAUACAAGAAUAAAACGUAAAAGGAGUAAACGAAACGAAAUGAGCAAACAGAAUGAAAGAUGCAAAUAAAGCUAAAAACUAUAUUAAAUGAGAAAAAGGAAUGUUAGUUAAGCGAAAUUCAAAACGAAUUCUUAAGCUUAAAUUUGUAUGUAUGUAAGUGUACUGUUCAAACACCGACACACGCACACACGCAUACACAUACUCUCACCCACUCGCACACCGACACACCCACAAUACACAUACGAACCGUUUGUUUUCUCUUAACGUUUCCUUGCUCUCUCUCACACUCACGAUUAUAUCCAUAUUUUGGUCAUUUUGCAUGGUCAAAUUAAAUUUAUAUAAAAAGAAUUGAACGGGAAUUUCGUUGAUUUCUGUUUUGCUUUUCGGUUUGUGUUCUCCAUCGCAAUCGCAACAAUUUUUCUCAUCAUCUCUUACCUUGCGCAACAAAGAAAACAUAUUAAUAAUAUAGAAAAGUAUUUGUAGUUGCUAAAUACAAGAAACAAAAAAAAAAAAAAAAAAACAACGGUACAUAUAUAUAUUGUAUACAUAUAUACUUGUAUAUUUUCUAUGCCUACCACUUAUGUAAUUUGUAGAGAUUUUGAAAUUUUCGCCCCCAAAAACCAAACUCCAAAUCCGAUCCCAAUUUCUCCAAAAUCCCCACAGCAUUUAAAAACAGGAACCCGAUUCCCUGGACAGAUACUGAAAACCGCAAUACAGACGAUAAUAUCAUUUGAUUUAGCUAAAAUGGACUAAAAAGAAAUCCCCUACAAGAACAAACAUCAGCCGGCAGCAUUAUCUCAGUAGCGUGUUUGCGUGAUUAGCGAAAAAAAAAUAGAAUGACAUGAUGAUGAGCCGCUACAAGAGAAUUUUCGCACGAGCUUUUUCACAAGUCUUCUUUUUGGGUUUUUAUUUGAUAAAUGAGGCGCGCAAAAAAGAAGGCAGACUAAUAUUUUGCAGUCUCUAAAAAGAAAAGGCCCGUGCAGAAAGGUAAUUAACCAUAAAUCAGCCGCAGCAGCAACAACAACCGCAACAUUCUUGAACGGAAAAACAACAGCAAUACAAGAAACCAGCAGCUAAAACUGACAUUCGUAUUCAUUUCAAAUAAAAAUCAUUAAAAAAAACAACAAUUGGGCAUCACAAUUUUUUAUUAAUUGAGUUUCGGACUCGUGUGUUUAUGGGCUUGUGAAAUGGGCAGAGCCAAUCAGCGAUUGAUAUAGAACAUAGAAGAGCGGAAGUUUUGCUUUAUCGGCAGAGUUAAAACUCAUCAAUAAAUAGUUAAAUGUUCUGUUAGAGGUUUUCUAUUGCUAAAUUGAAAAAGUGUCAAGAUACAAAAGGUCAUCUAUCUUUUGAACAGAGAUUUAUUUAAUGAAAUCUUUUCAUCAUAUUCACCAUAUAUGUAUAAUCUUUACACAUAAUUUAAACGUUUUUUCUGUAAUCAAGAAUAAUAUCUUAUUCGUUCACACGAUAGCAUCUACCGAGUAUUAAUUAGAGCACAGUAACUAUAACAGAUAAUAACUUUUUCUACUUAGUAUUGUUGCUUUACAAGGACGAAGCUCAGAAAGCGCACUAUUGAUGCUCGAACACAAUAUAUGCCAAACUAAAUCGCCAGUUUCAGUUAAGCACAAAAAGCCAGCCGGCAGAAAAGACAACUACAACGCUUCUGCGUCAAAUCAGAAGUGUCCACUUAAGCUCAAUGUCAUUUCUGGCCAGCACUUUCGCUAGGCCAGAAGCAACAAGAAAAUUGGGUCUAGUGGCCAUUGUUUUCCACAUGCUGAUGUGCACAAUGGAAAAGCCGUAAAUACAUAUACAAAUGGUUAGAUAUCUAUAUUUGAAAAUCAAGACAGCAACUGGAAAAGGCAAAGGUACAGAAACAGUGAAAGAGCUCAACUGCGGUUUAGUUGCAAAACGUUGCUCGAGUCUCUGAGAUGGCACUGCAGUUGCAAAUUGAAAAGCUUAAGGGAUUGGACAACUACAAGGCCUGGUCGAUGACGGUGCGGGCGUAUCUGGAGUCCGAAGAGCUCUGGACAGUAGUGGAGAAUGGUCCCGAGAAUAAUGAAGAGUCCCUGCUAAAGGAUAAGCGAGCCAAGUUUUUGAUUCUCUGCCUGAUUGAGACCAAGUUGUGCCAGUUUAUGGUCAGCAUCCGUACAGCCAGGGAUCUGUGGAACUAUUUGCGAACCCAGCACUCACUGCGCUAAAAUCAAAUAUGUACAUUUAUCAGUUUCAGUCCGUUGUAUUAAAGAUAUAUAUAUGAAUUACA